AUCACUAUUAGCGCUUGAAUAAGGACCGUCAUGAUGCUGGCACCUCCAUCCAGUCGUACUCUCGACAAAGGCUAGUUGAAUGCUAUACGCCGUCUUGGUGUCCCACAUUGCAAAUACCGCACACUUGUCCGGCACCGAUUAGAAGGCGUCCUUUCAAUCCCAUCUGCUUCUCAAACUGAUGGACAGGUUUCGCAGCGGGUCAGUGCAGGCAGAGAUGAGAGCGAUGCUAAGGAUUUACAUGCUGUGGCACUCUGCGCAUUUGCUCCUGACCCUUAUGAUACUUCCCACUGGCAUUGUUCUCGCAAACGGUAAGGGCACCUGCGGUUUCCAUCGGAUACAAGGGAGAGGACAGGUCGCAUCAAUCCUCGCACUUCCAUCCUUUUUGGUUCACCACGAUGGGAGGGAAGGAGGUCGAUGGAUGGUGAGAUUCGCUGGCAUAUCGGUCCAAUCUAGAAAAUCUAUGGAACAUUUUCCGAGGCAUCACACCAGGGGCUGCGGAUGGUGCGAUGAAGUUGGCUUGGUUCAGUACUGGCUUUUGAUAGAUGCCAACGGUCCUCACAGCCGUGGUGCCGGUAUUGGGCUGGCCCGAGAUCGGUUACAAGGUAUAAGCGAUCAGGCUAGGACUGUUCGGAUCAGUUCAUUGGAACAGGUAGAGUGAAGAAAAACUUGGAGCGCCGCAACGACUUACCUUGCUCGUCUCGUUUGAUCGAUCGUAUCCCGGUGGACGGUCCGCUAUGACCGGAUUGAGCCUGAUUUGCUUCCGUUGGUGAAUUCGCUUCCAAGUUUCCAUGUAGAGCUCAUCGUCCUUUGAUGUUGCCAUAUCCUAGUAAUUGUAAUAAGUAGUAGGCGCAAAUGCAAGCCACUAGUACUGGUAGAUAACUCGUGAGGCUUCUUAAAAGAGAUCCGGGUGGCUUCAAAUUUGUGUGCAUGCUGUGUAAAUUUGAAACCUUGUU